AUGAACCCAACUACUACUUCUUCCUCUUCUUUUAGCUUCAAUGCUCCCCAGUGCUUUCUCCCCUCUUACAGAACAUGCAGAGCUCACAGGUUCAGAGUUUCAUGUAAGACUGUUGAAAUCAAAGUUGAUAUUGAACCCACAAAAAAGAAGAGGAAGCCAAAGCCAAGCUUCUAUCAGCAAAUUCAGGACAAAUGGUCCAUGAAGGUGGAUUCCCCAAGACACAAAUUUCCAUGGCAAAAUCAGGAGGAAUCAGAAGAUGAAGAAGAAGAUGAAGAGGAAAAAGAAGAAGGGGAAAGUCAGCAAUCAGAGGUUAGAGUGUUUAAACCAGUUGAUCAAGAAAUGAGUUUUUCUAUGCCAAACCCUGUAAAGUAUGCUCCUUGGGCUAAUAGAACCAAACCCAUUAAGACCCAGGUUGGUUCCAUUAAACCUGAGGUUGAUUAUGAACAUGAAAUCUAUAAACCCAGUGUUGCAAAUAGUGACAUUGAUGCUACUAAAGAGUUUAGUAAAGUUGAAAACUUUAGGGAAGAAUUUGAUGGUAAUGGUAAAUUGGAUAGGGAUGUUGAUGAAGUUUCAGUUGGGUUUUCCAAAGAGAGAAAGACUAUGGUUUCGAAGAAAUUUGAGCAGGAAUUUGAUAGGAAUGGAAAAUUGGAGAGAGAGAUUGAUGAAGUUUUUGUUGGGGUUUCAAAAGAGGAAAAUGAAGUGGAGAAGAUGAUAACUUCAAAAAGCUUUGAACAUAGAAAGGGCAUACUGGAGGGACGCAUUGAUAGAAUUUCAGUUGGUGUUUCAGUAAAGGAGGAGACAGUGGUUUCAGAAAGGUUAAUUGGGGCUGCUGUGGAUGAAACUGUAUCUGGGGAUAGUGAAAAUGACGAAAAUGUGGUAACUUUUGUGUCUUCUGGUAGUGAUUCUCGAGCUUCUGCUCGGUUGCCUUGGGAGAGAGAAGGUGAAUUGGUUAAUGAGGAAGGUGGUAAGACAAGGAAGAAGUGGAGUAACACUCUUUCGGCUGAGACAUCCCUCCCCGAUCAUGAGUUGAAGAGGCUAAGGAAUGUUUCUUUGAGAAUGCUGGAGAGGACUAAAGUCGGAGCUGCUGGUAUCACACAGAGUUUGGUGGAUGCUAUACAUGAGAAGUGGAAGGUGGAUGAAGUGGUCAAAUUGAAGUUUGAGGAGCCACUCUCACUUAACAUGAGAAGAACUCAUGGCAUUUUAGAGAGUAAAACUGGAGGCUUGGUUAUAUGGAGAUCGGGCAGUUCAGUAGUGUUAUACAGGGGAAUAUCAUAUAAUCUUCAGUGUGUCAAGUCAUAUACCAAACAGAGGCAGACUGGUUCGCAUAUGUUGCAAGACUUAGAGGAUACUGUCAGGAGGGAUGGAACACAUAAUUAUAUGAAGGACUUAUCUAAGAAAGAACUGAUGGAGUUGAGUGAUCUAAACCAUUUGUUAGAUGAGUUGGGUCCACGAUUUAAGGAUUGGAUAGGCCGUGAGCCAUUGCCUGUGGAUGCUGACUUACUUCCUGCCGUGGUUCCCGGAUAUCAAACGCCCUUUAGACUUCUCCCUUAUGGGGUAAGACCUGGUCUGAAAGACAAGGAUAUGACAAAAUUCCGUAGGCUUGCUAGAGCUGCACCUCCACACUUUGCUUUAGGAAGGAGUAAAGAGCUACAAGGUCUGGCUAAGGCUAUGGUGAAGCUGUGGGAGAAAUGUGCUAUUGCAAAGAUAGCCAUCAAACGUGGAGUACAGAAUACACGUAAUGAAAGAAUGGCAGAAGAACUCAAGAGAUUGACAGGGGGUACACUUCUCUCUAGAAACAAAGAUUUCAUCGUCUUUUACAGGGGUAAUGACUUCUUGCCACCUGUUGUUACUGGAGUUCUGAAAGAGAGGAGAGAAAUGAGAGAGCUCCAACAAGAUGAGGAGGAAAAAGCACGACAAAUGACCUCUGACUACAUUGAGUCAAGAUCCGAAGCUUCUAAUGGCCAAUUGGUUGCUGGAACCCUUGCUGAGACCAUUGCAGCAACUGCUCGCUGGAUAAAACAGCUGACGAUUGAAGAUGUCGAUAAAAUGACAAGAGAUUCAAAUUUGGAAAAACGUGCAUCUCUAGUUAGAUACCUUGAGAAGAAACUGGCUCUUGCAAAAGGGAAGCUAAAAAAGGCUGAGAAGGCUUUAGCAAAAGUGCAAGAAAAUUUGGAUCCAGCAGAUCUGCCAGAUGAUUUGGAAAUCCUAACGGAUGAGGACAGAUUCUUGUUUCGUAAGAUUGGUCUCAGUAUGAAACCCUUCCUACUUUUAGGGAGGCGAGAGGUUUACUCUGGUACGAUAGAGAAUAUGCACUUGCACUGGAAGCAUAGAGAGCUGGUGAAGAUAAUAGUGAGAGGAAAAAAUUUUAAGCAAGUCAAGCAUAUCGCGAUCUCUUUGGAAGCAGAGAGUGGUGGGCUGCUUGUCUCUCUAGAUAAAACUACCAAAGGGUAUGCAAUCAUUUUAUAUCGUGGGAAGAACUAUCAGUGCCCUCUUCCAUUAAGGCCUAGGAAUUUAUUGACAAGACGACAAGCAUUAGCUCGGUCAAUUGAACUACAGAGACGCGAGGGAUUGAAGCAUCAUCUCUCAGAUUUACAGGAGAGAAUUGAGUUGUUGAAAACUGAACUUGAGGAAAUGGAAAAUGGGAGAAUGGUUGAUGAUGGUAGAACCUUGCAUUCAUCAUUAGAUGAUUCUCUAUUCUCUAGUGACAAUGAAGAGGAUGAAGGGGAAGAAGCCUAUCUUGAAGUAUAUGAUAGUGGCAAUGAGGAUAACUCUGACGAACAUGAGGUUGUUGAACCAAUUUAGUAAUCCGCCAUCUGAUUGUUAAUUCAGAGAUGACAUUGCGGGUGUUUGCAAAGAACAAAUAUUUCUGAAGGGAACACACGAGUUGGCACAAAAGUAUGGUUCUUGAUAUUUAGUAAACUCAAGAUGGUGGCAGAUGUUCGAGCAGUUAUCUGGCCAGCAAUGAGGUAUAUCAGCUACUAUGUAGAGCAGUGAAUGCAUGCUAAGCUUUUAAAAACCACUUUAGUAAUUCAGCUAUUGAUUCUUCAUAGGUUCAUAGGUGAAGAUGGUAGAUGUCCUGAUAAAGAGCUUCAUAUUGCCGAAGAAAACUAGAUAUUGGCACUGCAGUU